GUCACAACGGAUAUUCAAGUACUUUAUGCUUUUUUUAUCUUUUUUAUUUUAUUUUUUUACUUUUUCAUAAAUAUACAUUUAGAAUGGCACCAAUCAAGAGUGAACAAAAGACAUUAAAGGAUGAAUCAGAAGAAUACGUCAGCUCUUCUGGUGAAGAAAGCUAUGAGAGUGACAAUGAUUCUAAACAAGAAGAUCAAGAAUCUGAUGAAGAUCAAACAAACGAUCAAGAAGUCAACACUAAACGUGAACGCGAAGAAGAAGAAGAAGAGACAAAGCCAGUCGAACCUAAACGAGUCAGGAUUGAAAAGAUUGAGAAAAAAAACUUUGGCCAAGGAGGAACGACGGUAUUUGUAGGGCAACUCAACUUUGAUGCUAAAGCAGACGAUAUCCGUCAAUACUUUAGUCAGUGUGGGCCUGUGGUUGACGUUCGACUUCGUAUGCACCCCAGUGGACAAAAGUCACGAGGCUUUGCUCAUGUUGAAUUUGCUACAGCUCAAGGAAAGAAGGCUGCUCUCGAACUAGACGGUUCAGAAUUCAUGGGCCGCACUAUUCGUGUAGAUAAUGCAGAGCCAGCGCAGGCACGCUCGGUUGAUACCAAUUAUGGGCCCAAGACGAAUAAAGUGUUUGUGGCUAAUCUGAGUUAUGAUACCGAUGAAGAUUCACUAAGAGAAGCAUUUGGAAAGUUUGGUACAAUCAUUGGAGAUAUUGGAAUGCCCAUUCGCAGAGAGACAGGGCAGAUCAAGGGAAUUGCCUAUAUUCAAUUUGAAACAGAAGAUGAAGCAGAGAAGGCAGUGAAAGAGAUGAAUGGUAUCUAUCUGAAUGGUCGUCCAAUCCGUACAGACUUUAGUGGUGAUAGUGAUAAAGACCGCUUACACCAACAGCCAGGUAGACCCAAAUUUGCAGAUCGCUUUGUAGGACGUGGCCAGAAGAAGAAUAAUAAGCGUGGCACGUGGCGCAAGCACUAAUUUACCUUUUCAUUUUAUCAUAAUAAACGCAUGCACACGCAUCUUGUUUAUAUCUUACAGUUUAUUGUCU